CGGCACAUCAGCUUUCGGCACAUCUUGGCUACCUUCCCCCUCCAGGAAAGACAUGAUGAGUAAGGAGUAUACAGAAAGACAGCGCACUGCGCGAAGGUUAAGUGGCGACGGUGAUGUCAGCUAGGGUGCAAGUUGGACAGGCGAUAUAUUUAGCAUUGGCAACUCGCGCUUCGAUGCUUCCUCGCAGCUCUGCGGCUCGACCAAGAUUCGCACGGCGGUUCAAGCACGCUCGCUACCAGGACAAGUCCUGCGGCUCGUCGCUCGCUUGCUCGUUGGAAUCACCGCGGUCAACGGUCGUCAUUGAGCAGUCAGAAUAUGAUCGCCUUGCUGCUCGGCACGGUUCGGUUUCGGCACGACGUCACAAGCCUCUCAGCGUCAUCAUCAAGCCCCAAGGCAUUUCAAGGACUUCUUUUUCCGUGUCUGACACUUAUUGCCGACACAUCAUGGAGCUCAAGCUUUCAGCUCUUCUGUAUUUUUCUGUGUAUGCUUACAUUUUUUACAGGCAUGUGGGAAGGACGGGUGGUGGGAUGGUGGGCACAACAACUUUCAAACAACUCUUCAAUAAUAUCAACCCUUCUUCCAAAUCAGAACCAUUCAAUUCAUCAUAGCAGCACUUUUUGUUGGUAAAGAUUACGGAUAAUGGCAAUUACUAGAAUUACCCCACCCGCGAUGCGAGCUCGGCUGCUAGUCAGCAUGGGUUGACAC